GGCGGGCCGCGGGCGGGCGGGCGGCGGGGCCGGGCCGGCGCCGGGACCGGGGCCGGCCACGAUGCCCCGGCGGAAGCAGAGCCACCCGCAGCCGGUUAAGGGUGAGUGCGCGGCGGGGCCGGGGCGCGGCGGCGGCGGCGGCCCGGCGGUGACCCUCGGCGCUCGGUGUGUUGCAGCGGACGCCGAGGACGGCGCCGAGGAGACGGCGGGAGCGGCGCUGGUGCUGCCCGGCGACCUGCUGCUGGGCCGCGGCCUGGCCUUCGAGAAGGGACCGCCAGCAGACACGCUGGUGGGGAAGAUCGCCAUCCCGGCGUACGCCCUGAGCGACGACGACUGCUCCUCCGGGUACCAGCAGCUGAGUGUGGAGAGUGACCCCGAGGAGGGCGGUGAGCCCGGCCCCGCGGCGCUGCCCUGCCGCCAGUGUGGGCUGCAGCUCGCUGCCAGCCUAGGGCAGAGCUGCCUGCAGUGCGCCGGCGCCGAGGGGGGCCGCAGCCAGCGCAUCGUCUACUCCUGCCAGCUCUGCCCCUUCGCCUCCCACUACUCCAGCCACCUCAAGCGCCACAUGAAGACGCACAAUGGGGAGAAGCCGUUCGCGUGCCCGCAGUGUGCCUACGCCUCUGCCCAGCUGGUGAACCUGACCCGACACCUGCGCACGCACACGGGGGAGAAGCCGUACCACUGCACGUGCUGCAGCUUCGCUUGCAGCAGCCUGGGCAACCUGAAACGCCAUGAACGGGUCCACAGCCAGGACAAGCCCUUCCAGUGUGCUGCCUGCGACUAUCGCUGCAACCAGAGCCGCAACCUGAAGCGGCACAUGCUCAGCCACCGCCUGCCCGAAGGCGAGGGGCCGCACCGGGGAGAUAAGGACCCAGAGCCGCUGCUGCCGGAGCUGAGCCUGCACGUGGGCAGCGGCAGCGGCCCCUUCCUGCCCGGCUGCGCUCGGCUGCGGGGCGAGGAGGCGGCCGCGCUGCCCGAGCUGCUCUUCCCCUUCACGUGCCGCAUGUGCGGGCUGGUGCUGGACGACGGGUUCGCGCAGGAUGAGGGCCUGGCUGAGCAGGUCUGCGGACGCUGCAGCCUGGCGGUGCUGGGCACCGAGCCGGGCGCCAGCCCCCGCAAAGGCACGGGGGACAAAGGCUUCGCCUGCAGCCUCUGCUCCUUCGUCACCCACUACCCCAACCACUUGGCGCGGCACAUGAAGACACACAGCGGGGAGAAGCCGUUCGUCUGCCCACUCUGCCCCUACGCCUCCGCCCACCUCGACAACCUGAAGCGGCACCAGCGAGUGCACACGGGCGAGAAGCCCUACAAGUGCCAGCUCUGCGACUACGCCUGCGGCAACCUGGCCAACCUCAAGCGUCACGGGCGCAUCCACUCGGGUGACAAGCCCUUCCAGUGCAGCCUCUGCAGCUACAGCUGCAACCAGAGCAUGAACCUGAAGCGGCACAUGCUGCGGCACACGGGCGAGAAGCCCUUCCAGUGCCGGGACUGCCCCUACACCACUGGCCACUGGGACAACUACAAGCGCCACCAGAAGAUCCACGGCCACACGGCUGAGAGCUGGGUAAACCCACGCAAUGCCAAAGCCCUCCUGGCCCCUCCAGCCGUGGGCACGGCCCUGCCCUGAGACAGCACUUAGCCCAGAUGCAGGGGUAUCCAGCCCUGCGUCGGGCCUGGGGUGCCUCAGCCCCCGGGGGAGGCACGGGCAGCAGACUCCGUGGGGGUUCAGGGCUGCCUUACGCAGGGUGCGAAAGGGUCUCCAGCAGCCCUAUCCUGCCCCGGGCAGGGUGGAGCCAGGACCGGUGGCUCAGGUGCCUGCUCCAGCAGCAGUGGUGCUGUGCCCCCCAGGCCCCCUCAGGGGCAGUACCUGCCUGUUCCUGCCUGUCGGAGCCUUCCUCUGCCUGCCGGAGACUGGGGAAAAGGGGGGAGGGGGAAACAGGACUGGUUCCAUGGCUGUUGCCAUGCCGGUCAGUGUAAUUUAUAUUGUGUAUAAAAGCAUUAAACAGUCAGUUUUGUUA